AUGGAGUCGACGGCGGGGGAAAAGAAGCGCAGGAUCGAGGACCAGGGAGAUCUGGAGGCCCUGGUUCGAGUGUUGCAGCACUUCGCGACCGUGCGAUCCCCGACUCCAGGGCCACUGGCUGGACCUGGUCCGGCCUACGCACUCUUGUUCGGUGAUUCCGAUCUUCUCGACAACAAUCGUGCUUUUGCUUUUUCACCUUCAGACAUUUGCUUGUGUCAUCUGGACUUCUUCCCGCACAACAUAAAGUGGCAGAGAGGCGAGCCCCCGUGUGCGUUGGACUGGCUCAGCGCAGGCUUUUGGCCACACAUUUUCGAGAAAUGCUCGCAUUUGAUCAUCGAAGACGGCAGUAUCCCCGUCUUCGGGCAGAUGUGGUUUCCCGGCACAGAUUGCGAGCAGAUUGUAUCGGUUGUGGAGGCAUGGAGCAACAUUCGAAGAGACCAUUUUUGGGCUUUUACCCUCAUCACCUUCGCCAGAGGGUUGAUCUCGCGGAUCUUGACCUCACGUACGAACAUGCACCAGAUCCAAGAGCUUCUCCGGGAAGCCGAGAUUCGUCCGGAUAACCUAUGA